GCUCUCUUGAGAUUUACGAGGUUCACAAGCUGCCCCGUAAACCCAACAUGCGUGGUCUCGACGAAAGCACCGACGUCUUUUUACGUACUGGCCAGAAGGCCCAGGAGCAAGUGCGACAUGCUUGGGAUGGCUUUAUAAAUUUCGCGGCGAGGGAUAAUGUUCUUGAGGUUGCGUUGGGUUUGAUUAUUGCUAAUGCGUUCACUAAAGUCGUCACAUCUUUCGUAACAGACAUGGUUCUACCGAUUGUCUCUCUGUUGCCAUUUCUGAACCGAAACAUGGAUCAGAAAUUCGCGGUUCUCUCCAAGGGUCCGAAUUUCGACCAGCAGAAUGGGUAUAACACCCUCUAUCAAGCGAGAGAAGAUGGAGCACUGGUUCUGGCUUAUGGACUGUUUAUCGAGACAGUUAUCAACUUCCUGGGUGUCAGCCUUACUCUGUACGCGGUCGGACAUUUGUACAUGUUGAUCUUUCACGACAAGGUCAUUAAGCCUACUGUCCGGUGUCCAUACUGCAAGCAGUAUAUCGGUGAAUCGGCGCUUCGCUGUCGCCAUUGCUCAACGUGGCAAGACGGAAGGGAAGAUGAGCCUCGGAGUGAUAAAAGAUCUCGCGAGGAACUGGCUGAUGCCGAGCCGAGUUUUUCUGGGGAAAUUCCCUAGGUGGUACUAGACGGCGGGCGUUUGUGAGGCAUAGACACCGUGAUAUGGAGGCAGUCUCUUUUCGCAUUUGUUGCA